ACAAAGAAGAUUGUUCUAUUGCAAAUAAUUAAUUCAUGUCAUUGUUGUAGAUAUUUUAUGCUACUGAAUGAGUGAUGCUAUGCUCAUCUUCUCGACAAGGAGAGUCUUCUUCGUCUGCAUACUAUGGUGUGAUUUUACACGCUAUGCCUUGCCUUCACUCUCGGCAAAUAAUUUCCCAGCAAUGCCCAGCAUGCUAACUAAAUCAUCGUUCCAUUGAAUUGACACUCUGCUGUGGAUGUCACAAUGAGACGUCUGCUGGUGUUACUUGGUCUGUAUGCCAUUGUUUCAACUUGUCUCCUUCUAUUUCUUCUCACCCCGGAGGAAGCUGUCAAAUGGCAACCUCAGUCGACAUCCCAGAAGUGUCGCUGUGAGAAUAAGGUGCCUUCAACGAUGCAGUCAACCCAUCGCCUGGAGAAAGUGUUCACAGAUGUCGUCAAAGCUCAGAAAAGCAACCACAAACUCGCUAUAGUCGUGCCGUACCGGAAUCGACUUGCUGAGUUGUUGGAGUUUGUUCCCCAUAUCCACACCUACCUCACAAAGAAGAAAAUCAAUUUCCAGAUAUUUAUCAUUGACCAAUUUGAUGUUUUCCGGUUUAAUCGCGGUGCGUUGAUAGAUGUGGGAUUUGUAGUGGCCAGGGAGGCUGGCUGCGACUACAUGGCCAUGCACGAUGUUGACCUAUUGCCAUUGAAUCUAGAGCUGGACUACGGCUUUCCAGCAAAGGGUCCUUUCCAUGUAGCUGCACCUCACCUCCAUCCGAAGUACCACUAUAAGACAUUCAUUGGUGGAAUCGUCAUCAUGACCCAGGAGCAGUUUGAAAAGGUCAAUGGCCUCUCGACUCGAUACUGGGGCUGGGGACGUGAAGAUGAUGAGUUCUACCGCAGACUGGGUGAUGCUGGCUAUAAGGUGGUACGCCCUGGUAAUCUUACAACCGGCCCAUCAAACACCUUCCGCCACUUGCACAAUGAUAAGCUGAGAAAGCGUGACUACAAGCGUAUUGGUGCUCAGCGACAGGUGCAAUGGCAGCGCGACCGCAAGACCGGCCUGUCCACCAUCGCCAGAGAGCACCGGGUCGUCAACACGCACGAGUUGAGUGCCGGUGGCCACGAUUUCCAGAUGGUCACAGUCGAGCUGCACUGCGAUGUCAAGCAAACACCUUGGUGCGAAGAUAAAUGAUCACCUGCUGUUUGUUGUUGUAUCAGCGUUGGAAAGUGUCCGCGGAAGAACACGAAUAAUGCAUGCCUUCUUGAACCCUAUCUAACUGUUGACAAAGAACUAAACCAAAAAUUCAACGAAACCUGUUUUAUACUCCAGCCCCAAUGGCUCAUACCACGUAAUUAUCACCUUUCAUUCUUCUUACACUGUAGUACCAUCAGCUCUUUGAUAUCUUUAGCAUAAUGCUCUCGUGCAGGCGCGAUAGUCUUUUCUUCAUCUGCAGGUACCAUGUACUAGGUGUCUGCAGCUAAAUUUUGUCUUUCUAGUUCUUUUUUCUUUUAACUUGUUCUUUGUCUAGGUGCUUGGAUACUAGGUUCCAAUCUGUCAGGAUAAUAAUAUAUUUUUGAAUUCUGUAUUCAUGUGCCGUGGUUCUAGCACCCGAUGGUACACCCUGCCUACUACACGUACUUGAGAAGGUGACACCUUGUUGUA